AAAAAAUAAGUGCGAGCCUUCAAGUUGCCAAGAACAAGUUUCAAUAUGGCGUCCAAGGUAUAGGUUUGAAAAGCUCUUAUGCUGAUCUAGGAUAGGUAGAUAUGUGGGACUUACGAUCUCCAUGGUCCUUAGCGGACUGGGGGCCUCCUAUCCCAGAGAAGGAUGCAUCCUGUGCCCCCCUGUGUCAGCACCCUCCCUGCUGGCAGUCCAACAUGAGGAAGGUAAAAGGAAUUAAGGACCUUCCUCCUGAAAUCCCACCAAAAGAGGAGAUAGAAACAGACUUGCCUACCCUUAAAGUAUGCAACAUGUUGGAUGACUAUGGAGACGAUCCUAGAGAUCUUUAUCCAGCAAAGUUUGCAGGGAAGCCCCAGCAUGUUCGAUCCAGUGUAAACAUUAUGCAUGUUCCUAAGUCAAGAAAACCAAGUAGUUUGAAAGUGCCCUCCCCACCCACACAGACACCCGUCAGUGAGAAGAAGGUGAAGAGCGCGCCCAAAGGGAAGCCCAUUCAGCUGGUGGAGGUCCAGGAAAUGUUUGAGCUCGAGGAUCUAAACAAGGCUUGGGAUGACAAUUUCCUCCCAAAGAAGUUCUAUGUGUGGGUGCCAAACCCCAGGAGGAAACAGAGGCAGGAACAGGCAGCAUCAAUUAGUGAGCUAGCCAAGAGUGGUCCCCAGAAAGUGUUGGUGCGUGACAUGACAGAGGACAUGAUCCCACGCCACAUUGAGUAUGAGCAGACCACUAAGCCAUAUGAUGGGCCAGUGAUCAAGAUGAGGAGAAGACUUAACUCCCCUGCCUCGUCCCGCUACAGAACUCCUUAUUCCCGUUCCUCCGCGGGGCAGCGUGCUGGACCUCAUUUUUAUGGAGGAUCAGGCAUUGAGGAGUUACUAGAUCUUCCGAGGGAUAUUUUAGUAAGAGUGCUGGAUCACGCAAAACAGAGUGAUUUUGCAUCUAGUCAGAAACUUCACGAACUAAUCAGUAAGUUUGUCCCUAUCAUGGACCGAGAACCUACAGACAUGACUGCAAACAGCACAGACCUGUUACAGCAGAAGAAAAUGAACAUCUACGAAGGGAAGGAGAAGAAGCACAACGAGUCCCAUCUGAUGGAGACCAAGCCUGUCUAUUACCUGGACGAGGAUGGCGUAGAACAGGAAGUCUUCCCUGAACCCAGGAUGUCACGGGGUCAUAGGUUAAAUGACAGUGAUUAUGGGUCGUAUCGAGAUCUGUACAUGAGUGGAACUAGGGAAUUCCCAAAACUGAAAAAACCUCUGCCACCGAUUGGUGGAAUAGUAGAUGACAAGGUCAAAAUUCCCUCAAUUUCCCUGGGCCUGCCACAACUUCCAAGUGGUGUUCAGCAGACCAGAACAUUCAAUUACUCAAGGAGAAACUACAGAAAUUUGGACCUUACCAUCGCCCCAGUGCCUACCCCUCCCACCAGCUACAGGACAGAGGACACCAGCGGGUCUGACCACGGAACCACUGUCCAUGUCAACAUCCCGUCUGCAGAGUCAGUCAGGGACGGGGUGCCUCAGUCAGCAGCUGAACAAGCUGAGCUAGCUAACCAAUCACGCCCGACCACCGACUCUCGGGAUCUUAUUGAUGCAUUGGCUUUUCAGGUUAGCAAAAAGUUGCGGUAUAGAAUGUGGUCGAGUUUCCAUGAUGCAUACUACGGGCUGUACACUGAUUUUGAGUCUUCCAAAUCUGAGAGGUCUGCCCCGCGUACCCCUCUGCAUGCCGUGAGCCCUGCCCAGUCAACACGUGUGCCCCAGGCCCCAGCGACCACCCCAGCCACACAUGGACAGAUGUCCCCCAUGAAGCUGUACCGAGACCAGUCAGGACUGUCCACAGGUUCCCACAAGAAGGCAACCACCCCCUCCCGCCAGAAUCACUCCCGCGAAAAUACCAGGUCCCCCAAUGCCGAGAUUAGGGCCCCCACCAACUCCCCAAGGGCUCUCACACCUGAACAGACAGGAAAAUUCAGGAGACUGCCUGGACUAGGGACGAUAGAGGAGACGGGACAUGAGGAGGGGGAGGGGCCACACCCUGUGUCACGUGGUGGGAGGAGCGUGCGCUUCGCUGAGGAAGUCCCAGAAAUUCCUCCACCCCCGUCCUCACCCCAAAAUCCAGACGACCCUGAGGAAUCGACGCCAGGGGUGGAACAGCAAAGAGAGGGCCCCAGCUUCCCUGCUUCCCGCCAAACAGGCUUUACUAACCAGCCAACCUUCAAUACGAUGGAGAAAGAGCUAUCUCAGGAUGAAAUCCAAAUCAAGUCCGCCAAAAAACGCGAUUCUCUGCUGUCCACGCCUGAGCCCUGGCCCCAGGUAAAUGAGGCUGAUUAUGAUGUAACACCAGCUCAUACAAAAAUGACUCUGCACGGAAGUAACGAGUCUAAAGUGAACGACUCGCGACUGGCGCACAUGGAUCCGUAUUCCGAUAGGUCUGUCGGUACCGGAAGCACAAUUCGUGCCGAUAUCACGAGCAGAGACUCCACGCGAAGCUACAUGACACAGAAAGAGGAGUCCCCGGGCCCACCCCCACCGUCACCGGAACCAAAGGAUCGGAACGACGAGCCACGGUCGGCACGAAAACGAGACUCUAAAUCCCGCGAGUCCACCACCAUGACACCGCUGUUGGAGGAGAAGGAUGAGGACGCGGCAUCACCGGAUGUCCACAUCAGGACUCUGAUCAUUGAGGUGCCACCACUGGGUCAGAGAGAACCAAAGGAGAAAUCCAAAGGUAAAACUCGCACCACCGACACAUUCGUCAGUAUCGACAUACCAGCUCAGCAGGCAGCGGAGGGUGAAACCACAAACGGCAAAAGACAGCUGAUCAGCAAAGGAGGCAGACGACUUGAGCCGCCGUUGGAGGAAAGAGAGGAGGACUCCACAGUGGAUGGAGAAACCAUUAACACACGGGAGCAGAAUCUGUCGGUACAAAGUUCCGUCGCCGGUAGGACGACGGCUGAUGGAGACACGGAGACAGAUGUUGGAUCCGCGGGGGUGGAUCCUUCCAUUGGCGGGAACGUCUCGCCGACGUCAACUAUCACCGGAAACGAGAGAGUCGCCAACACCGAUCUGCGACAGUUUAUAGAACACCAGGAAGCGGAAACGGAAAAAAUUGAGGAAGACAAUGAACCGAAAUCCAGCGAGCGCCGGAAAGAUUCUUCCGAGAUGCUAGGAUCUCGCGACUCACACAUGCCAGACGGCGAGGAUCAGAAUACAGAGGAAAGAGGCAGAGAACAGGAACCACAGGGUGAUAGGAGGGAGACAGAGGGGGCAGAGACGGAGGAGGACGGGGGUCCGGAGGGAAACGUCACCCAACGGAGCGAGCAGGAGAUCACAGAGUUUGGCGGGGAUAACGACGCCUUCAAGUCUCUGCUGGCGGAGGAACUGGCCCGGAUAAACCAACAGGACUAGUCCGCCUCAAUAGGCGCAGUGAUACUGUGAUAAUAUAUCUGUGAUAAACAAACGAUGCCUAGGGAGACAUCUGUCUGCGAUAGGUGUUCCUGUAUUGUGAUACUGUACGUGUAUAAUAAACUUAACUUUUUGUGAAAAACAUGCAUACAUAAGUUUUACUUGAAUAUCGUUUUGGGAUACGUUGUUGCAUUAAAUGAUGAAUAAAUCCCUGUAUUCUGGACCAAUGUUCAGUGUUUUUGCUGGUUACAAAUGUUACAUAUUCAUGUAUCCAUUCAAUCAUGCGACAAUAUUUUUCCGACAUAUAUUUCACCUGCCAAAAAUAUUUUUUUAAUUCCUACAAAAUUAGAGCUAUGUUUCUUUUUUGCGCGCUUCUCUGUAAAUGUGUAAAUACUUACGUUAUUUUAGAAGUGUUUGAAGCAUGUCACAGACAAUGCGGACAUGAACGUUCGCCUCAUUUGUAAAUUUUGCUCCACUGUUAUAAAGAAUUAACAUCAUAUAAAAUACUAUAAUUUUUGUUAGGGAAAUGAAAUCAUGCAUGCACUCUUCAUCUGCAAUAAUGUCGUGCAAUUCCUCUGUACUUGUCGGCUUUCUACUUGUACUUUGCUGUGAUAUAUGUUGUAAAUAAAUCCAUGGAGAAGAA